UUCCAAUAUGGAGAAGCGUAAACAAGAUUUCUGAAAUGCUUCGUGUUUGUCCUCAAAUGACAUUUGAUUACAACCCUAUUUCAUGGAUUUAUUUAACACAGAAUGUCAUACGUAGAUAUAGAAUCCUUCUGGAAGGAACAUCAACAUUCACUGAAACAGAUACGAAGUAAAUUGGGAAAAAAUCGACCCACGAAAGUUCGAGUUGGAUCUGGUUCUAGUACACGAUCUAAUCCUCGUUAUACACAUAAAAACACAUCUUAUAAUACUGGUAAACCAAUACUAAAUAAUCAGAACGGACUUAAACAGAGACGAGAUGUUCCUUUAAAGGUUCGAAUAGCCUCUGGUUCAAGUACUAGAUCAACCCCUUCAGAAAUAGAAAAUGUUCCAUUACGAAAAUCUGCAUUGACUCCUCCUAUUAGUUCGAGGAAGUAUUCACCAGCUCAUUCUCAUCCACCCUUUGGUAAAUACAGAAAAUCUCCGCCAGCUCAUUUGUCCAGGCUUGAAUCACCAAACACAGCAGAAGUCAAUAAUGGACGUAAAUUAAGGGGAAAUAAAUUUGAUGUGGUUCCGCCUGUUAAACCUAAAAAAGCAUUUGAAAGGAAAGUAGAUUAUGAUAGUUGGGGUGAUGAUAGCGGUAAUGAAUCAGAUGAUGAACAGGUCCACUAUAUGCCUCAGCCACACCCUGUGGCCUUUUAUCCUCCACCCACAGUAGUUUAUGGAGCCCCCUUCCCUGUUUAUUAUCCCCCUCCUCCGAAAGGAGCGAGGGGAAAUCGACGCGGCCAGAAGAAAAAAAGUGAUCGAGGAUAUAAGGACAUGUACAGAGACAGAAGAAGUUAUAAUUCUAAACGUAAAUCAAAAAGUAAACCGCCACGUUCCCCGCUACGUUCCCCACUAGUCACUCGUAGAUCUGUACCUCGGAAGAGAAAUGAUGACAGUUUUGACACGCCAAGUGCUUCAUGUCCAUCAUGUGUCACUGAUUUAUCAGAUGAUGAAAAACCAAGAUAUCAGUAUAUUUUUGCUGGUCACAAUACAUAUGAUCCGUAUGGUGAAGAAAUGGAUAAUUCACCAGCGACCUAUCUCAUUAAAAAACCUAAAUUUGCCAGUGAUUUUGUUGACUGGUUUAUAGAAGAAUGUUUAUUAGAAGAAUUUGUACCAGAUGCUUUAAUAGAAAUAUAUGAUGAAUUAGAACAACAAGCAGCAAGAUAUGGUAAUAGUUUUCCAUCUGCUCGAGAGAGUGAUCCAGAAAAAAUAAUAAGAGCAUUUUAUAAACCUACAUUACAAGUCUGUGAAGAUUUUCUUGGUCGAGAAAUUGAUAAAAUGUUACGCGAUAUUGUUUUAGAUGCUAUUAAUUCAUUGGCUGAUGAUCAGAUAAUGGAGAAGAUUGAACGUGUUGAUCCGUUAGAGGAAUGGUUAAAUAGAUUAAUUAAUGAAACUAUACAUCAGUGUUGUUACGAUAUUGUUAAAGAUACUGCUGUAGAGAUGGCCGAUGAUCAUAUCGAGAGAGAAUAUAGAAACAAUAUAUUAGAUGAUGUCAUUACUGAUUAUAUUAUAGAAAUAGGACCUUCACUUGUAAAUGAUUCUGUAUUUGAGUUGUUAUUGGAAAGAUUUAUAGAAGAAGAAGUGAUCAAACCAGAAGUAGCCGAUGAUAGUAGAGAAAUAGCCAAAGAAAUUAUUCAAAGUUAUGACAAUAAAAUUAUAAAACGUGAACUUCAGGCAGUAACUCGACAGGCUGAAGAUAAAUUAGCUGAUUCUCUGUGUUUAGAAUAUCUUCUAUCUACAAUAGCUAGACAAGGUCAACUGUGGACAGAAUCAGAUUAUGCUAGUAGAUAUCUAGAUAAUAUUGUCGUGAAUACAUUAAUAGAACAGUUUCUUACAGUUUUACACAAUCGUGAUAAAACUUUAAAUAAUAAACCAUUGAAAAAACUUCAUCAAAAAGUUGUUACAGAUGUGGCAUUAGACGUGUUACUACAGAAAUUAUCAUCUACAUUAGAUGAAGAUAUUGCUGAUGUUGAUGAAUAUGAACGAGGUAUUUUAGAUGAUCUUGAACCACCAUUAUGACCUUCACAAUAAGUUUUGUUAUCAUUGAAUAGUUUCAACUUAGGAAAGAGCAGAAUUCGUCAUGAUAAUUUGGUCAGGAAGAAAUUAUCAAAUUUGAUCUGAAUCAAUGAAAUAACCAGGUUGUCAGUGUUCCUUGGAAUUAAAUUGUACAUAUUCAGUGUGAUUGUUAGGCGUGAAUUAGACAUGAGGCUGGAAGUUAAAUUAGAUUGCCAAACACUUCAACUAUGUGAAGACCUGUUGUAUUAAGGCCAAACUAAUUCAAUUUUUAGUUCUUUGAGGUCCUGAUAAGUAAGUAAAUGGUCACUCAAGUCUUGUGACUAUAAAACUUAACAAGUUUGAACUAAAAGCUCUUGUGAAGAGAAGCCAAGUACUUUUUAUUUUAAAUUAUUAUUUCCCCCUGGAGAAAUUGCUCUGGUCUCACUGAUAUUUACUAUUGAUAGUCUAUGUGUAAAGUAUUCAUGUACCACAUUCAAUUUCUAGAUAUUUCACACAAUUCUGUAAGUUUAACAGAUUUAUUAUAGUUAACUUUUAAUUAGAAUAAUUGUGUAUGGUAUGAUUUGAAUCUCAGAUGCUGUUAAUAUAUAUUAUAUGAAUGUUGAUAAUAUUCUAUGUUAAAUACUUAUUUGAAAUGAAAUGAAAUGGGGUUUAACGUCCUACUUUUUAAAUGUCUGUGUAUAUAGUGUGUCUUGUCCACAGGUUUUGUCUUGUGUGGUGCAGUCCUCCGGCACAUAUUAUUAAUUAUUAUAUAUAUAUGAUGUAAAUAUAUAAACAUUAAUACUGCUAUAUACACAAAAUGUAUAUACAAAUUAUUAUUUAGCCAAUAAUUUUAUGUAUAUUAUAAUUUGACUGUUUCACAUUUCCUGUUCCUGAGUCGUCUGUGAAAUGGCAUAAAAUUUGUUACCCUGGUUGUGCAACUUUCUAGCAUUUUAUAAUAACUGCUACAUGUGUAUACAAGUAAUUACUUAUAUUUUGUUAACUUUAAUGUAAAUGCAUUGUAUUUAAGUAAACUGUUUCAUGGUUCCUGACUCUUCUGAGAUAUGGCUUAAUUUGAGUUACCAUGCUAUUUAGUAGUCCAUUGAUAUUAUGUAUGCUAUGCCCUACCAUGUUUCUCAAACACCUGAUACCACUUGUCAUAAGGCUUCUCCUUGCUCUCUGCACCAUUGUAUAUAUAUAUAUAUGUUUUAUUGUGCAGUCACAGUCUUUGUUAAAAUAUAUAUAUAAUUAAAGACAGGUCUUUAUGAAAUAUCCUUAUUUUAAGAAAUGUUUAUUCUAUAUUUUUACAGCUUUUAUCAUGUGUUAAAAGAAUUAUCUAUUUUACAUGCGUUGUUAAUUAAUGACAUGUUAAUAAUUGGCUUAACCCAUUAGCACUUGUGUUGCUCAAAAAAUACUGCUCAAUCUAGGGCUCCAAACCACCCAAGUCACAUGAAUAGCUUUGAACUAUUUAUGGACCAUGAGGCCCUUUCGUCCUACGGCCAGCCACUGCAAGUCGUUAUUAUGCAUCAACCCUCUCUUGAUCGAGAGUGGAAACAGGGGUCAGUUAACAUCUGCUUACCAUCAUCCUAUAUAGUGGUACUGAUUAGGUUAUUUCCAGGAACAGUUGGUUAGAUUUGUGUGAGAAUUAUCCUGUAUCUCAAAAGUCAAAACUGAGCCUUUAUCAUCUAUAAGGAGGGCAGUGACAAUUUUCUCUGACUGUCCUCACUGUAUGCUGGACUAACCUCUCAAACACGAUUCUCUCACCUGGUAUAAAACAUUUGUCUGCGAUAUUAUCCAAGGUGCAAGUGGGCGUCAACUCCCCCAUGAACGAACAACAGGACAGUCUUUAGUACAGUAGUGUCUCAUAGUUUCGAAGAAAAUGGAAUACAAAACUCAAUGCAAAAAAAAUCAGUUUUUUCUAACUGUUUUAAGGACCUGGGAUAGUUAGUAUUUACAUGUACCAAGUGCUAACAGGUUAAUGACAUAAUUUGUUGAUUUAUAUUGAUCUCUUUGUUCUUACCUCUUGUGAUCCACCUGUCAGUUGAAUAAAUAUACUUGUAUAGCCCGAUUAAAAUAUGUCAUUCUGCUCUGUAUUCCAAAAGCAAUGGCAACGAUCAUUACCUGUUCAUUAACCAUUUCUACAUCCCAAAAACAAUUAUUAUCAUUUGUUUCCAUUGGUCCAUCUAAACCAUAUAUUAAUUUUCUUGAAAAUAAUCAAUGUGGCAAUGGUUAGUGAGGUGGUAAUGGUCGUAACCAUUACAUUGGGAAUAUAUUUGCCCUAGCAUUCUCAAAGAACAUAUGAUACAGAGGUUAGUAUCUGGAAACAUAGUAAAGAAUAAAGUUUUAUAGUAAACUGUGGGGUUUGUGGAACCAGGAUCGAUGUCACUGACUAUAUCUGUUUCUCAAAUAUACAGAGCAGAGGACCUUUAUUAUUCACCAAGUUUUAAUCUCUAAAUUUGACAACUUUAGCUUGUUGACCAUUGUUAACUGAAUUGUCAUUCUUUACAGUCCAAUUGAAAGUUUUGGUGAAUAUGGUCGAAGGGCUACAUUUUGUUGAAUAUAAUUUGUAUGUAUAUGAUAGAAUUCUCUUCUCCUCCUUCCAUGACUUCCAUCCAUUGUUAUACUAAUAUUUAAUACUUGUAUAUUUACUUCAACAUGUUCGAUCUUUAAAUGCCAAAAUUUAUAUUCAUUAUAUUGAUGUAUUUAUUUAUAAAUUAUUACAAAAAUAAACCGUUAUAAA